AUUGCUGGCAUGUCGUGAUUGUUCUCUGCGUGGAAGUUUUAAAAAGCGAUAUUUCAUCAUGUCGCUAAAAGUAGAUAGGGUACCGGAAAACAUAGAUUUUCCUAAAGAAGAGGAAAAGGUGUUAAAUUUUUGGAAACAAAUCGAUGCUUUCCACACUUGUCUAAAUCAAUCAAAAAACAAACCCAGGUACUCUUUUUAUGAUGGACCUCCUUUUGCAACGGGGCUACCGCAUUAUGGACAUAUUCUCGCAGGAACAAUCAAAGAUGUAGUCACUAGAUAUGCUCAUCAGAAGGGUUUUCAUGUAGAAAGGCGUUUUGGCUGGGAUUGUCAUGGCUUACCUGUUGAAUUUGAAAUUGAUAAAACUUUAGGUAUAAAAGGACCUGAAGAUGUUGAGAAGAUGGGUAUUGAUAAAUAUAAUGCAGAAUGUCGAAAGAUCGUAAUGAAAUAUGCCAAUGAAUGGGAGAUAAUUAUGACUCGUGUGGGUCGAUGGAUAGACUUUAAAAAUGAUUAUAAGACCCUGUAUCCUUGGUUUAUGGAAUCUGUGUGGUGGGUAUUUAAAGAACUUUUUAAUAAGGGUCUGGUUUAUCAGGGUGUAAAAGUAAUGCCAUAUUCCACAACUUGCUCUACACCAUUAUCUAAUUUUGAAGCUGGACAAAACUAUAAGGAUGUUGUAGAUCCAGCAGUUGUUAUUUCUUUUCCUACCCAAGAAGGUUUUUCUUUACUUGCGUGGACUACUACACCUUGGACACUCCCCAGCAACUUAGCACUCUGUGUUAAUCCCAAACUUACCUAUCUCAAAAUAAAGGAAAAGUCAACAGAUAAUUAUUAUGUCUUACAAGAGAACCGAUUUCCAGUUAUAUUCAAAAAUAUUGAUGACUUUGAAAUCAUUGAUAAAUUUUUAGGGGAAAAGUUGAGAGGCUUAAAGUAUACACCACUUUUUAAUUAUUUUGUGGAAAAGUGUCCUAAUGCAUUUCAGGUACUUACUGAUGGAUAUGUUACUGAUGAUUCAGGUACAGGUAUUGUACACCAGGCUCCAUAUUUUGGUGAAGAUGAUUUUCGAGUUUGCUUAGCUGCAGGUAUCAUAACAAGAGAUCAAGACAUUAUCUGCCCUGUUGAUGCUAGUGGAAGGUUUAUAGAACCAGUAAAUGAUUUUCUUGGUCAACAUGUCAAGGAUGCUGAUAAAAAUAUCAUAGCAAAUCUGAAAGCAUGUAAAAGACUGAUUCAAUCUGGACAGAUAAAACACAGUUAUCCAUACUGUUGGCGCUCGGACACUCCUCUUAUCUAUAAAGCUGUGCCAUCGUGGUUUAUACGAGUGGAACAAAUGAGUCAGGAUCUUUUAAAAUCUAGUGAAGCUACAUAUUGGGUACCUGACUAUGUAAAAGAAAAAAGAUUUGGUAAUUGGUUGAAAGAUGCUAGAGAUUGGGCUGUGAGUAGGAACAGAUAUUGGGGGACCCCUAUUCCACUUUGGAUUUCUAGUGAUAAGCAAGAAGUUAUAUGCAUAGGUAGCAUUGCAGAACUUAGUGCUUUAACUGGUAAAGAGAUUACAGAUAUACAUAGAGAAAGCAUCGAUCAUCUAGAAAUACCAUCUGCAAGACCUGGGCAUCCACCAUUGAAAAGAGUGACUGAAGUAUUUGAUUGUUGGUUCGAAUCAGGAUCUAUGCCAUAUGGUCAAAAUCACUACCCAUUUGAAAAUAAAAAAGAAUUUGAUGAGAUCUUUCCUGCUAACUUUAUUGCUGAAGGUAUAGACCAAACCAGAGGUUGGUUUUACACAUUGAUUGUCCUAUCAACAGCACUAUUUAAUAAACCUCCUUUCAAAAAUUUAAUUGCAAAUGGAUUGAUUUUGGCAGCUGAUGGUCAAAAAAUGUCUAAAAAAAAGAAAAAUUACCCUGAUCCUUUAGAAGUAGUUACUAAAUAUGGAGCUGAUGCAUUAAGACUCUACCUUAUUAAUUCUCCAGUAGUUAAAGCUGAAAAUCUUCGUUUCAAGGAAGAAGGAGUUAAAGAUGUUAUUAAGGAUGUUUUCUUGCCUUGGUACAAUGCUUUUAGAUUCUUAAUGCAAAAUGUUGAGAGAAUUGUUCAAGAAGACAAAAUAAACUACAAAUACAAUGAAAAUGUAAUUAGAGAAAAUGUGAUGGACAAAUGGAUUACUUCCUUUACACAAUCGCUUAUUAAUUUUGUAACCAAAGAAAUGUCAGCAUAUAGACUGUAUACUGUUGUACCAAGAUUGACUAAAUUUAUUGACCAUCUUACAAACUGGUAUGUGAGAAUGAACAGAAAAAGGCUAAAAGGAGAAAAUGGACUUAAGGAUUGCCAAGUAGCAUUAGAUACCCUAUUUGGCGUUCUUUUCGAUAUGGUAAGGGUUAUGGCACCCUUUACUCCAUUUUUGACUGAAGUGAUGUACAAAACUCUGCGUCAACUUUUGGUUGGAAGUUCUUUGGAAAGUGUACAUUAUAAUAUGAUACCAGAACCGAGACUAGAUUUGGUUGAUACAAAUAUUGAAAGAGCUGUUCAAAGGAUGCAAGCUGUAAUUGAACUCGGUAGAGUUUUAAGAGAUAGGAAAACCAUCCCUAUAAAGUAUCCUCUUCCAGAAAUGAUAAUUAUUCAUCAAGACCAAACUUAUUUAGAUGAUAUAAAAUCAUUGCUCACUUAUGUUGUAGAAGAAAUGAAUGUAAAGAAAGUUGAAUUAACUAGCAAUAAAGAGAAAUAUGGCAUAACAUUAAGGGUUGAACCAGACUAUAAGAUCCUUGGAGCUAAAUUAAAAGGUGAUUUCAAAGCUGUAACACAAGCAUUAAAAGAUCUGAAUAAUAGUGACUGUGAAAAGCUAAUCGCCAAUGGAUUUGUUGAACUAAAUGGACAGCAUAUUGAUGUUUCAGAAGUUAGAGUAAUUUUCCAGGCUAAAGGCAGUGAUCAAUAUGAAGCACAUAGUGACAAUGAUGUUUUAAUUUUGCUCAAUGUUACACCUGACCAAGAAAUGCUGGAUGAAGGAUUUUCUAGGGAAAUAAUAAAUAGAGUGCAGAAACUUAGAAAAAAAGCGCAUUUGGUACCAACUGAUGAGGUUGAUGUUUACUUUGAAGUAAAUAAAACUAGUGACAUAUUACGUAUCAUAAAUUCACACCGUGAAUUUAUUGAAAAUACUGUAAGAGCACCUUUAAAAUGUAUGGAAGAACUUUUGCCAUCUAAACCUCUCAUUAUUCAAGAAACACAGGAAUUAAAAGGUUCCCAGCUAAAAUUGAUAAUUACUUGGAGAAAAGAUAUAGAAAUGCCAGUUAACCCUUGGGCGAACAUAAUUUUACAUGGCAUCAAACCACGUUUUGGAGUCACAUCAAACAAUGGUAGCAUCAUUCUAAAAGGAAAAGAUGACAAAUAUCUGUCAUUAGAUAGUUUGUGCCAAGAAGUUGAAAUUUUGUUUGGAAUUUAUGGAAUGAAAUACAUGUUAUGGUGUGAUGGUGCUGAAGUAAAAAAUACAAGCGAUCUUAAUGGUAAAACCAUUGUUGUAUCACCUUCAAAACCGAUCGACUUAUCGAUUACUUCACAAAAUAAUCCAUUUUGUAAGUUUGUAAACAUAGCUAAUGGUAAAAAAACUGCUACAUUUUUCAUAGAAAACCCUGUUGGAAAAAUAACUCUUAAUAAAGAACAAGCAGUAAACUUUGUUGCAGAGUAUUUGGAAAUUAAUCCAACUGACGUUGAUACAAAAUUAUUUAAAUAAGUGGUUACUUAUAUAUUUCCCUUUGUAAUUUCUCAUGUUAUGUGAUGUUAUUACUAUGGAAAAAUUGCUUUUACAGUUUUUUUCUUGGCUUCAAACUUACUUUCACUAGCCAAAGCUUGUGAAUAGAUAUAGAUAUUAACUGCAGUAUUUCACCACCUCAUCUGUAGUUUAUAGCGACAUUGUUAUUUAUUUCAAUAAAUGCUUUUUAUACA